AAUUAAAAAAAAAAAACAAAAACAAACAAUGGCUAUGGUUCACACUUCUUCCAUCUUCUCAACAAACUUGAUCCAUCUCCAACCUUCAACAAACCCAAACCCCAUCACCAAAUUCACCUCCCCCCACACAAGAAACAACAACUUCCGACCGCCACGUGUCGCAUCCAUUCCUUACCCUCCAAUCAACGUCGACUAUCUCCAAACAGAGUUCAGCGGCCAUGGCGCCUCCUUCACGCGCCUCGGCGAAACCUGUGUCGUCAGGAUGGGAUUGGACAACGGCAGCGUCGCCACUCUCAUGCUGCCAAGUGGACUGAUUACGUCAUACAAGGCGCCUAUGUGGCAUGGUGGGUUAUUAGAGUUGCUGCAUACGUCCGUGUCUGAGGCGGAUGACGGUAGUGGUGCGGUUGUUCGUGGUGGUGUUUCGUUAGCUUUUAAAUGUGACGGUGACGGUAACGGUAACGGAGGGGUUUUGUGGUCUCCGAGUGUGUGGAAUCUUCGUAGUGUUGGUGGGAGUCCUGAUGAGUCUAUUCAGGUUGAGUUGAUCAGUAGCAAUUCAGAAGACAAAAUUGAAUUCAAACACAUUGUAACACUGCAACAAGAUGCCAUAAGCUCAGAGGUUGUGAUUACCAACUCAAGAUCAUCAUCACUCAAAUUAAUGGGCUCGAUCAUUGGUCACUUAGCGAUAAGCACGCCAGAAGCAGCCUAUGCAAUCGGGCUUGAGAGCUCCAAUUACUUUGUCAAGCCACCAAUUUUCUCAAACUUCAGCAUCGUUCCUCCGGAUUUCGACAAAAAUGAGUCGGGUUGGUUUAAACAACUUCUAUCAGGAUGGGGACUUGGAAGCCAGCAAGAUAGUUUGAGUGAUAAUAACAGGCAAGAAGAUGAAGAGAUUGAAGGUGAAGAAGAGGAUAACUACAAGCAUUUAACUGAGAAAAUGAGCAUGAUUUACACCAGUGCUCCUAGAAAUUUCACCAUCAUGGACAGGGGUAAAAGGAACUCAGUGGGGGUGGGUAGAGAAGGUUUUAAUGAGUUGUACAUUUUCAGCCCCGGCUCGAGCCACAAACCAUAUGGCAAGUACUCAUAUCUAUGCGUCGGUCAAGCCGCAUUGCUCAAACCAGUGACCAUAGGUCCCGGUUCUGAAUGGAGAGGUGCACAGCACUUGCACAACCCAAAUCUUUAAGCAUGUAUACAUUUUAUAUUACAUGUGAUGUAUAAAAACAGUUGCUUGUUUUAGAGUUUAGAGACUGUUGAAUGUUGAUAAAUGUUUUCAACCCUUCAUUUUGUUCCUAAAAGGUUUCUGUUAAGUUACUA